AUGACUGGAUUACUUUUAUCACUAGGACUUAUUACUAUGAUGAUUGGGAAUGAUCUCAGAGAUUACUUACAUGAUUAUUGUUCAAAUAAUACUUUCGAUAGACUUAAUCAAGCGGUGAUUGAAUUAUAAGAUGGUUAUAAUCACAUUACAGAUAGCCUAAUGUGUAGCUCAAAUUGUAAUUGUGUUCCUGUUGCUCAAGAAGAGUGGGCAUUGAUAGGUUAUAACAUAAAAUCAAACAAUUUCACUGGAACUAACAAAGAUGUAUCUAGCUGCAUCGAUUAUUAAAAAUAUGACUAAAAUACUGUAAAGGUCAUGAGAGAAUUAGAAAAUGAAUUCGGAUGUACAGGUAUAUGCCAACCCAAAAAGUUUUUCUUAUUCUCAGACGUCUCAUAAGGUCCACCAAAGAAGGAAUGUUACAAAAAUUUGAGACAAUAUAUAAAGGAUUAUGUGAUAAAUAUUGGAAUGGGGUUUGUUAUAUGUGGUGCCUUCAUCUCAUUAGCUUGGUGCUUUCAUAUCUCGUUUUACUUCAAAGAGCCUGAGGAUGCAUAAAAAAAACGCAUUCUAAAAUAUAGAAACUACUUUCCCUAGCCAGAUGAAACUAAAUCUACAAUACAAAAGGAUAAAUGA